AUGGUCGUCGGCGUGUUGGAUAUGGCUAUCCCUAAGCCCUAUGUGCCAAGUGAUGUCAAAGGAGCGAUCGAAGCGAGACGGCCGAGUGGGUGCAAGAACCCGGGUGGGGCCAUCGGCGGGAUCUACAAGUUGGUGGUCGCUCAGAAAUGGAAGAAUGAAGGGGUCGAGGCUAAAGUUCUCUCGGAGGCCUUAAAGGACGUCCGUAGACUUCAGCCGAACUGGGAUGUCAUCUACAUCUGGGUGCUCCGUGCGAACAAUGAUCGAAUCGCCCUAUAUGAAAAAUCGAGGUUUAUUAAAAUAUUGGACAAACGUCAAGACUCCCUUGUAGCCUACGCCCGCUACAACACUUGA